ACUAUCUAUUGGAGGAAAACAUUAUAGACGACAAAUAAAUAAAAGAAGAGUAAAGCAGAGAGAAUCAUCCCUCACUUCGCUUCUUUGCCAAGCAACCUACCAAAGCCUCUCAGUUUCAUUAUUCUUCCUUCUCCUCAAGCAAACUCAUCUCAGUUCAUCACAAUGUCAAAUUCUAUUCACCGGAGAAGAGUUCCAACUCCGGUCGGCAACGGAGGUCGAAGCCUCCGGACGAAACGGACGGCGUCCAGAUGCGUUUCUGACCAGCAUGGUUCGAAAUAUACUAAUCAGGUUUUCGAGCGAAGUUUCUCAGAGUCGAAUCUCAAUCGUCGCCGUGACGGAGACGGUAACUGCAUGCGGCAACCAUCGCCAGUGAUGAGCGGUUUACCGACGGGAGAAUCAGACCUGAUCGUCUACUUGCCAAGGAUUCGCUCUGAGGUUAUGGCUUCUUCUCCGUCGUUAUUGGGCUUCUCUUCGCCGUCGUCUCCAUUUCCGACCAAUCAAGAGGGUAAUAAAAGAGAAACAAGAAAAGUAGUAAUCAACGUAGCGGUAGAAGGAAGUCCUGGACCUGUAAGAACAAUGGUUAAAUUGAGUUGCAACGUCGAAGAAACCAUCAAACUCGUCUUGGAGAAUUAUCGCAAAGAAGGAAGGACUCCAAAACUCAAUCAAGGUGCUGCCUUUGAAUUGCAUCAGUCUCAUUUCAGUAUCCAGUGUUUGGAUAAAAGAGAAAUAAUCGGAGAAAUAGGAAGUAGAAGCUUCUACCUUAGAAAGAGAGAUCAUGAAACCGGAGUUUCUUUCGCCGGGAUCUCACCGGUGAGAACGAGUCUUAUUCCGUCGUCUAACUUGAUUGAAUCCUGUAUAGCUCAGUUUAUUGGGAAAAUCUUGAGGAGAACGAGAAAGUUAUGGAACAUAUUGGUAUGUACGCAAGCGGUUUCUCUGUUAAUGGAUUCUAAGCUGAGAUUCCUCCUUCACAAAAGCUUAGUCCUCGAACAGACCAAGCAAGUCCAUGCUCAGUUACUAUUGAACCGCCACAACCAUCUUGAACCCAUCUUAAUCCACCAAACGCUACACUUCACAAAAGACUUCUCUCGGACCAUCGUAAACUAUGUCAAACGAAUCAUCCUCAAGGGGUUUCAGAGCUCAAAGGUUUCUACUUUCUCCUGGGGUUGCCUCGUUAGGUUCUUGAGCCAGCACAGGAAGUUCAAAGAAGCUGUAACCUCGUACAUCGAGAUGAACAACUCCGGGGUUCCUCCAAGCUCACACGCCAUAACCUCAGUGCUGAGAGCUUGCGGUAAGAUAGAGAGCGUGGUUGAUGGUAACUCUGUUCAUGCUCAGGCUGUCAAGAGCGGGUUAUGCGGAUGCGUGUAUGUUCAGACAGGUCUGGUGGGUUUGUAUUCAAGACUGGGUUACAUCGACAUGGCAAAGAAGGCUUUUGAUGAGAUUGGCGAGAAGAACACGGUUUCUUGGAACUCGCUUUUACACGGGUAUCUAGAGAGCGGGGAUCUAGAAGAAGCUCGCAGAGUGUUCGACGAUAUUCCAGUAAAGGACGUUGUCUCAUGGAAUCUAAUCAUCUCCAGCUAUGCUAAAAGAGGCGACAUGAGCAGCUCGCGCUCUUUGUUUCUUGCAAUGCCUUUGAAAAGCACCGCUUCUUGGAAUAUUUUGAUCGGCGGUUACGUGAACUGCGGUGAAACGAAGCUAGCGAGAACUUGCUUCGACGCAAUGCCGGAUAAGAGUAGCGUCUCUUGGAUCACAAUGAUCUCAGGGUACACAAAAUCCGGCGAUGUUGAGUCUGCUGAGGAGCUUUUCAGACAGAUGUUCAAGAAAGACAAACUAGUUUACGAUGCGAUGAUAGCUUGUUAUGCUCAGAACGGUAAGCCGAAGGACGCUCUGAAGCUGUUCUCUCAGAUGCUUGAAGCUAACUCUGGUGUUGGUCUUCAGCCAGAUGAGAUCACGCUCUCGAGCGUCGUCUCGGCUAGCUCGCAGCUGGGUGAUACAAGCUUUGGUACAUGGGUUGAGUCUUAUAUAACCGAACACGGAAUCCAAAUGGAUGAUCUUUUGAGCACCUCUCUGAUUGAUCUUUACAUGAAAGGUGGAGAGUUUGACAAGGCGUUCAAACUCUUCAACGGUCUAAACAAAAAGGAUACAGUUUCUUACUCAGCAAUGAUCACGGGGUGCGGGAUAAACGGUUUAGCCGCAGAAGCAAUCCGUUUGAUUCAAGAGAUGAUCGAAAAGAAUAUACUUCCAAAUCAAGUUACAUUCACGGGACUAUUAUCAGCGUGUAGCCAUUCAGGUCUUGUUCAAGACGGCUACAAAUGCUUCGACUUAAUGAAAAAAUACAACGUGGAGCCUUCUGCUGAUCAUUAUGGGAUAAUGGUGGAUAUGUUGGGACGAGCAGGGAGGCUAGAGGAGGCUUAUGAGGUGAUCAACGGGAUGCCGAUGAAGCCAAACGCUGGAGUUUGGGGAGCCUUGCUUUUAGCUAGCGGGUUACACAACAGCGUUGAGUUUGGGGAGAUAGCGUGUAGACACUGCGUUGAGCUGGAGAGUGAUCCUUCUGGUUAUCUUUCGCAUCUUGCUAAUAUCUAUACUUCUGUUGGUAGAUGGGAUGAUGUGAGAAACGCAAGAGCGAAGAUGGAAGAGAAGAAACUGCGUAAGACACUUGGGUGUAGCUGGGUUGAAGGUUCAAAUCAUUGAUUCAACUUCUAUUACUACAUUCAAGAAACCGAAUAAAAAAAG